AUGCGUCAGGAGGUCGUGAGGAGACUUCGCGUGUCCCUCGUUAUGUUCUCCGUGCUGCUUCUUAGUUUGGCCACGGGAUUCCCAAGCAGACACAGAAAUGCUGCUCACAAGGGUCACGGCCACGUAGUUCACAGCGAUGGGAUCCAGUAUGACCCUGACGCUUUUGAGACGCAGAACCAGGUGCAAAGCUUGCCGGAGCCCCCCAGCCAUCAGAGAAAGUGGACCCAUCCCCAGCACCGCUCUGUUGGAGUACUUCCUCAGCCAGAACCCGAGGAGGAGACCAAGCCCUUCAUCCUUGAUUUGAAGAAUUUCCCAGAACUGGCCAAUGCCGACCUGAACUCGCAGAACCCCAACAUACAGGUCACCAUCGAGGUGGUGGAUGACCCCCAGAUGGAGGUCGAGAUGGACCUGGCCAAGGACAAUGACUGGAUACCAUCCUCGUCUUCCUCUCCCUCUUCCUCAGUAGAUUGGCUAGGAGGCAAGAAGCUUUACUGGCCGCUUUUCUGGAGUUACACAGACUCCGGGGAGGACGGCACCAGCCGCUCAACUUUAGAAGAAACUGCCGAAGAAGAGGAAGAAGAUUAUUCUCUGUACGGCAGCGAGGAGCCCUCACUCAGCGGAAUUGGCGGGGACUGGGGUAGUUACUGGAAUGAAGGCUGGGAUCCAAUACAGACCUACUAUGCAGAGAAGGAAACGGAUGAGUGGACUCCGUGGUCUCCUUGUUCGGUCACAUGCGGACCCGGUGAGAGGAAAAGGACAAAGUCAUGUGGCUACUCUUGUACUCUGACUGAAGCCUCCAAGUGUGACCUGGAGCCCUGUCCUGGUGAAGUUAAUACUGUGGUUGAGCCUUUUCCUUUUGAUAUGGAGAAUGGCACCGAACCAUUUGGAACAGAUGUGGACAGCUGUGAAAAGUGGCUCAACUGCAAGAGCGACUUCCUCCAGCGGUACCUCCGGCAGGUGUUCUUGGAGUUGCCCAGCUGCCCUUGCUCCUUCCCUUCUGAAGUGGCGUACACCGUAGUCAGCGUUUACGACGACUCCCGCGGACGGACGUUCCGAUGGCGUGACGCCAGCGGCCCUAAGGAGCGCCUAGACAUCUACAAACCGUCCGCCCGCAGCUGCAUCCGCUCGGCGCUCUCCGGCGACUCAUCCACUCUGGCGGCGCAGCACUGCUGCUACGACGAGCGCGGGCGACUCAUCACCAGAGGGAAAGGCGCCGGCAUGCCUAACCUGAUCAGCACCGAGUUCUCGCCAGAGCUGCACUUCAAAGUAGACGUGCUGCCCUGGAUCCUGUGUAAGGGAGACUGGAGCCGCUUCCACGCUGUCCGACCGCCCAACAACGGCUUGGAGUGUCCCGAGAACCCCCACGAGGACGUGUUUAUGAACGAACUAGAGGAGGCCAGAGAGUACUGA